UUUCUCCAAUGUAUCUUAAGCUCUACUUGAAUCUUAAGAUCGCCUUAAAUCUUAAGUCUAUCUUAAAACGUUGCACCAACGCAAAUCUGCAUCUUAUAUUCACAAAGGCAGCCUUACAUUUAAGUCGUGAAAAUCUGCGACUUAAGUCGGCAUUAUUGUUAGUGAAGUUGAAAAUGAGUGGCAUUUUGUCUUUCAAACGUCACUUUUCAAAAUGGAAUUGAUCGAUGUCGAUGAUGUCGAUGUGGUUGAUAUGGUAGACAUAGUAGAAAAUAUUCGAAUACCACGGCAAAUUCACAUUAGGAGAAAUUUAUUUAAUAUUUAUUCUAAUGUUGAAUUUUUUCGACGAUUUCGACUCGAAAAAGGGACUGCUUUAUAUUUAUUGGAGAAAAUAGAACAUAGACUAGAGUACUUCCAUAACAGGAAUAAUUCCAUCAGUCCCAUGAAUCAACUUUUGCUAACGUUAAGAGCUUAUGCCAGUGCAGGGCAUUUUGUUGCUGUUGGAGACUUUGUGCAUGCAGACAAGUCAACAGUAUGUAAAAUUGUUUCAAAAGUUUCAAGGCUCAUAGCAUCAAUUGCAAGGGAAUUUAUAUACAUGCCUCGAAAUGAAGUUGAAAUUGCAAGUGCUCAGAAUAAAUUUUACGACAUUGCUGGUUUCCCUAGAGUCAUUGGGGCAAUAGAUGGAUGUCAUAUAAAAAUUCAAUCACAAGGUGGAGCUGAUGCUGAAAUAUAUCGAAACAGAAAGGGAUAUUUCUCUGUAAAUGUGCAAGCCGUUACAAGUGCUGACCUGUUAUUCCAAGAUAUCGUCGCACGUUGGCCAGGUUCGACGCACGAUACCACCAUUUUUAGAAAUUCACGAUUAAUGCAUAGAUUCAAUAAUGGAGACUUUGGAAAUAGUAUCUUGUUGGGAGAUAGCGGUUAUAUGAAUCUUUCAUAUCUAUUUACACCUUUUCUGAAUGUUCAGAACGAUGGUGAAAGAAACUACAACAGAAGUCACGUUCAAAGUAGAUAUUAA